UAAUCUUGGUGUUUCAUCUAUUUUUUUUUUCUUCUUCUUUUUCCUUCUUUCUUUCCUUCUUUGUCUGCUCUGUACAUCUGUCGUUCGUUCGUUGGUGGUCGUGGGUUCGUUUACUGUCUUGUCGGCUUAUCAGUGCUAUCUUCACUGCCUCCGUCCAGGCUACACAGGUCGCAAGAAAUAAAGGAGAAGUCUUCUUUUCGAAAGAAAAGAAGAAAGAAGAUCAAGAUGUCACCACAUCUCUCCCUCCACACCUCCUUCGACCACCCUCAUCCUCAACUAUCCCGCCGACAACCACCCCCGCAAGACCGUCCCUACAACACCACCACCCCCCUCAGCUCAACCACCACUUCCCCCACCUCCUCGCCCACCUCUCCAGCCUCACUCACGGCCACCACCAACAACCCCCCAAGACGCUGCCUCUUCCACCCGCACCAGCGCCCCUUCUCCUCCAUCGAACCCACCACCCCGCCCCUAUCAUCCGGCUCAGGAUUCGGGUCCCCACCCAGAACCCCCGUCCUCCUCCGCCGCCGCCCCUCCAAAAUAGACAUGGCCCUCUCCGCCGAGCGCUCCCGCUACGACUGCGACGCCAUCGAGCGCCAGGGCCUCGACCUGAUGGAGCCGCGCCCGGUGGAUCCGGCUUUCGCGUUCGAGCCCCUGACGCCCGGUCUGGAUGCGUGGGCUACGGGCGGAGCGGGCUGCCGACUUUCUAGCGCGAGUGCGUCUUGCUAUUCGGAGAGCGGGAGCAGUUGCAGUGGUUAUACGCGGGAGGGGCGGAUGACGCAGCCUAAGUUUGUUAUGGGGGGGAUUUUUGAAGUCAUGGAGGGGAGGGCUUGACCUUUCUAUUCUAUUUUAUUGGUAUUGGCUCUUUUGAUGGUU